AUGAGGGGGGAGGUGGGGGACAUUCCUCUCAUACUGCAGAUCAGGCAGGGGGAGCUUCCUGUUUCUUCUCCUGUAUUGCUUCCUUUUUUUUUACGGUUAAAUAUGAAAUUUGUUGGGAAGGACGGAAAGUUUUUGGCCGCGAACAAACACCUUUUCCGGGAGAAAGGAUUAAACUCCGCUGCGAAGCCCGCGAUCAAGCGGCGGCAGAGAGUAAUGUUGUAGAGAAGAAUCUGUGCAGCCAGAGGAGUCGCUUCAGUCCGGAGUGAAAUAACAGAAAAGAUGUUUCAUCGAGGACCGAAAAAGUGAACGGAAGGAUCUCUGCAGAAAGAGCGUCUGGUUCUUGGCGACGUCGACCAGUGCCUCUAUAUCUUGCAGCACCUUGAGGACCUGCUGAGUCUGCAGGAAGGCAAGGACUAGGAGUUGACCCACCUGCCACCACGAGGCUACCAUCACCUUACACUGGACUACCUUCACCCACAACAACAUCAUCAGCCCCAUCCUCCUGCUUCCCCUUACUUAUCUUGAUCAAGCCUCAUCCGGACCUCCCAGUCAGCCCACUGCAGCUUUUCAACAUGAGCAGCAGUUGCCACUGACACCCCGAGGAGAGCAGAGUGAGAGCAACCAUACAGAUGUUUCGCAAAAAAGCAUCUUCCUCCUUGAGAAUGAGAAGAAUGACAGAAAGCACUAGAUGGAGUGUGGACCGUGGGCGGAGCUUGUCCUUUCAUGAGGUGCGUGACCAACGUGAGGCAGAGAUGAGGGCCGCAGCCGAGGAGUCGUCAAACAGCAACAACAGUGUUGGAGGUGGAGGAGGAGGUGGCAGCACCGUCCUGCAGCGCCUCCUGCAGGAGCAGAUGAACCGGAAUUAUGUGUUGCAACAACAGCAACAACAGCAAGGAGGAGGAGGAGCAGGAGGAGGUUACUCAGUACAGGGACAGGUAGGCCCCUCUGAUGACCACUCAAUGACCCCCCACAUUGCCCGCCAGGAACCCCAGGGACAGGAGCUGCAGACAGACAAUGGCCUGGAGAAGCUGGGCUCUGGCAGAGUUGGAGGAGGGGGUGGGAGCAGUGGAGGAGGAGGAGGUGUGGGGACUGGAGGAGGAGGAGGCGGCAGCAGCGGAGGUGGUGGGAGCGGCCAAGGUCAAUGCCCGAACCCCGAGGACCUCCCUACGUACGAGGAGGCCAAAGUGCAGUCACAGUACUUCAGGGGCCAUGGUCCCCCUCCUCAGCCUCAGCAGCAGAACAACCAGCCCCAGCAGCCUCCUCUCCCAGCCUCGGUGGGUGCCGCCUUCUAUGUCACUGGGAUGACCAGUGGCAAAGUGCGCACCGAGGGUCGCCCGACUGUGCAACGAGUGAGUGGUGCAGGGAAGGUGCACCAGGAUGAUGGGCUGAAGGACCUGAAGCAAGGCCAUGUACGGUCUCUCAGUGAAAGACUUAUGCAGCUCUCUCUGGCCACCAGCGGUGUGAAGGCCCAUGCUCCCGUCACCAGCGCCCCGCUCUCCCCCCAGCUGCCCCCUCCAGGGCCGCCGGGCGACUACUACAAGCCACAGCAUCGCGGUCCCCCUCCAGACUACCCGUUCAAAGGAAUGGGCUCGCCUUCGAAGCAGCAGGAGCCUGGAGGCCAUUUUUACCAGGAGCAGAGAGGGAGGGAACAUUCGAGGGAGGUGCUCCCUGUCCGAUACCAGCCCCCACCUGAGUACGGCUCAUUCAGGUCCAGUAAGGAGGGCUCGGUUCACUCCCAGAGGACCCUUCAUCAGCACAGUCCCACCUCCUCAGUCACUUCUGUGGGAUCCUUGUCCCGCGCCCAGUCCUCCACCCUCAGCAGCAUGCUUAGCGCCUCCCACUCCUUCCCCCACCAUCACCCUCAGAGCCAGGGAGAACCCUUCCCCAGCAUGGGGCCCCGCAGUCCACAGAGUCCUGGCUCCCACCAUACAGGUGAGCCCUUCACCCUGGGGCCCAUUCACCCACCCCUACAGAGAGGUCAUGGAUUCGCAUAUGACCCCUACGGCUCCACUCCCAGGAUGCAUCAUCAGCAACAGCACCAUCAGUAUCAACAACAACAACAACAGCAGCAACAGCAGCUCCAAGGGCCGGCAUCCCCUCAGCUCCAACAGCCUGUCCAGGCCGGACAUUUCCCCCACCCGCACUCCUACUCCCAACUACAAGGGGAACCUUUCGCUAUGAUGGCGCGCGCCCACCAGAUGGUGGAUGUGCUGACAGAGGAGAACAGGAUGCUUAGGCAGGAGAUGGACGCCUGCCGCGAGAAAGUCACCAAGUUGCACAAGUUGGAAACAGAGAUCCAGCUGGUGUCAGAGGCUUAUGAAAACCUUGCCAAGUCUUCCUCCAAGAGGGAGUCCCUGGAGAAAACCAUGAGGAACAAGCUAGAGCUGGAGGUGCGACGGCUGCAUGACUUCAACAGGGACCUCAGAGAGCGCAUGGAGACGGCCAAUAAGCAGCUCGCAGCGAAAGAGUGUGAUGGCUCAGAGGACAAUCGCAAAACCAUCUCCCAGCUGCUCACACAGAACAAAGAAACGCUACGUGAGAAGGAGAAGCUGGAGAUGGAGCUGACUGCGCUGCGCUCCACCACUGAAGACCAGAGGAGACACAUUGAGAUCAGAGACCAGGCACUGAACAAUGCCCAGGCCAAAGUCGUGAAGCUGGAGGAGGAGCUGAAGAAGAAGCAGGUUUACGUGGAGAAGGUGGAGAGGAUGCAGCAGGCUCUGGCUCAGCUGCAGGCGGCCUGUGAGAAGAGAGAACAACUCGAGCAUCGACUCCGUACAAGACUGGAAAGAGAGUUGGAGUCACUACGCAUGCAGCAGCGUCAGGGAGGCUCUCAAAGCAGUGGUGUGGUCCCGUCUGAGUACAACGCCACAGUGCUGAUGGAGCACCUCAGGGAGAAGGAGGAGCGGAUUCUGGCUCUGGAGGCUGACAUGACCAAGUGGGAGCAAAAGUACUUGGAGGAGAGUGUGAUGAGGCAGUUUGCCCUAGAUGCCGCAGCCUCUGUUGCCACUCAGAGGGAUACAUCGGCAGCGGUGAUAAGCCACUCUCCCAGCAGCAGCUACGACACGUCGGUGGAGGCUCGAAUUCAGAAAGAAGAAGAGGAGAUUCUCAUGGCUAAUCGACGCUGUCUGGACAUGGAAAGCAGGAUAAAGAAUCUCCAUGCCCAGAUUAUAGAGAAGGAUGCCAUGAUCAAGGUGCUCCACCAGCGCUCGAGGAAGGAGCCCAUCAAGUCAGACCUGCCAUCUGCCAUGAGGCCUUCUAAGUCCCUGAUGUCCAUCUCUAACACUGGCUCUGGUGGUUCAGGACUGCUCUCUCACAGCCUAGGACUCAGCAGUUCACCCAUCACCGAAGAACGCAAAGACACCAGCUGGAAAGGCAGUCUGGGGGUUCUACUGGGUCCAGAGUUUCGCACAGAGUCUCUCAGGACGGAGUCUAUCUCAUCAUCUCCCUCCCCAGUGCUUCCUUCCACUCCAAUGACUGCAGGCCACUCGAAGACGGGCAGCAGAGACAGCUGCACGCAGACCGAAAAGGGCCAGAAUCAGGACACCAGCAAGCCCAGCACUCCAGCACUUCAGAGCAUGACAUUGCCUGCCCGCCUGUCCAGUCCCAGCCCUGUCUACAUCCCUGAUCGCAUAGCAGAUGUGGCAGUGUUUCAUAGCAGCACCCUGGAGCGGAGGCUCCCUGUCCAGUCCCACCCACAGCAACACCCCCCACCCUCAACCCCAUCCAGCCAACAGGAAGUGGACAACGAUAUGGUGGAGAUCCUCAUCUGACCCAGUGACCUCUGGAAAAAACUAUCCAUGUAAAAGAAUAUAUCAGUUUCCUCACAGUAAAUGCAGCGACAGACGUGUAACUCAUCAAACCUGUAGCUGUGUCUGUGUCGACAGACCCACACCAAGACACAUUUUCAAACUCUUAUGUUUACAUGUGUGCUCAUUCAGACACUUCCAGCCUGACCAGAGUUUUUACACAUUUCUUUCAUUCCAUCACUGAAUCACUGUUUAUCAUCAAGGUAGGAAAACCCAGAAAUCAUUUUCCUAAAUGUGUGUCUUUAAUAUGAAGUGGAAGUUCAUAGCUUCAUAUUUAUUUUCCUGGUGCCUUUGGCUUUUGUGAUGGUGAUGGAUUCAACUUUGGUGACUUGUGUUUGAAGUUGAAUCAAAGUAAAGUAUUUUCGAGUAUUUCAAGUAAAAGCUGACAUAAUUAACACUCAUCAGAUGGGGAAUAUAAAAAAGAGUAGACUAAGCUGAAAGCCAAAAUCUUAUUAAAAUUGAUCAUAGAGUACAAACACAUCCACACCCACAUAUACAAAUGUAUUUUUUACUUUUACAUUUAAGGUGAAGGAUUUCUCUUUUUGUUUGACUUGCUGUGGUUGGUGACAAAGGCUUUGUUUAAAUGCACUAGUUUUUGACAUGGGGGGUUAAGUGUCAUUGUUUCUGUGUGUGCAGACUAAUAAUGACCAUAUCGCAGCACCAGUGGCAUUUCAGCAGAUUUGGUAGGUUUUAGCAUGUAGCAUUUUUCCCUACCGCCAUGUGAGCAAAUGAAGAUGAAAAAACUGGGGACAAGGAUUUAGCCAUAAGAGAAAGCAGCUUGUUACUGGACAUGUGAUAGAGAUCUGUAAACUCCCCUGUGCAGUGUUGCUGGAGGCCGGUUAGCUCCAAUUUGACCAAAUGUCUUGGCUACCUUUUUUGUUGCAUUUAUUGCACUAAUUAUUUUUUUUAUGUGUUUCUUUUUUGCUAUAUUACUUUAAGACUUCUGACAUUAGAUAUUGUAUUUAUGUGUAAUGUUUUUAUACUGUAGUUAGACACAGCACUUGGGUAAUCAGAAAUGAUGUAAACUAUAAAACAUUAUUAACUGUAUAUAUAGAGUAUUUACGUUGUAUAUGUACUGUAAUGGCCUGUGUUACUUUGUGCCGCGGAGGGAUCUGAGAGCUGAACCUUACAGCUGUGUUACAUAUCCAGAGUUAGAGUUAGUGAGCUGGUGAGAGUCUGACAGUGUUUUGGCUGCCUGUAUGACCCCACUGGCUGAGGUCAAUCUCAAGUAGCAGAGAGUAAUACAGUAUUUCUUUUCCCAUGCUUGAACACAGAUUUAUCUUUUAGUAUGAUGCACAUGAUAUCAUAAAAUUGACAGACGUACAUGUUAUUGUGAAUAUUCAAAUUUCCAGCCACUUGUGUUACCAUACCAACCUCCCACCUGACUUGGUAAAAGAUCAAGACAAACCAGGAAAAUUAUUUCCAGACACCAUUUGACUGACUUGAGGCCUGAUUUGUUACUGUUAUGCAAUGCUAGACAAAGUCUGCUCUUCCCUUGGCAUAUUAAAUAUGAUUUGGUCAGUUACCAGGCUAGGACAAGUUUGCAUUACUUUACACUAUGCAUAGUGGAGUGUUGACCAAGGGUCUCAGAAUGGAUUUGUGUUCAUCCCUGUAGAUAAAAUCCUGAACUCAAGAAUAGCACCAUCUUAAAAAGGGGUCACAUGUUCAGUGUUCAAUCAGAGCAAACAACAAGCGAUCCAGUCAUUUCAAGAUAUUAGCAUGAACUGUAUAGUUUAAUGGACUGUACAUAAUCUACCUAUGAAGUUUUGUGGUGGUGACAGGCAUUAAACCUGCUCCAGGCUGCAGCAGCAACUUAAAAAACUCCACCGAAAAUCCACAAAGUCAAGAUCACUCAUCCUUUAAAAAAUCAAUAGUUUUUAAACGUGUGUAAUUAAAUAUUACAUUUCCAGUGAGGUUUAUAGUUAGAUUCAAGAUACCCACUGAAAGCCAAAAACUUUGGACCAAAGAAGCUCAGAAUGGUCAGAGGUCAGACCAGUUCAUCAGAAGAAUGUCAUCAGGAAAGCACUGAUAUGUUGUAGUUGAAUAUAUAGCCAUAACAUUAUGACCACCUGCCUAAUAUUGUGUAUAUUCUACCUUUUGCCGCCAAAACUGACCCGUAGAAGCAUGGACUCGACAAGAACUCUGAAGGUGUGCUAUGGUAUCUGGCACCAAGACGUUAGCGUCAGAUCCUUGAAGUCCUGUAAGUUGUGAGGUGGGGCUUCCAUGGAUCACACUUUUUUGUCCAGCACAUCUCACAGAUGCUCGAUUGGAUUGAGAUCUGGGGAAUUUGGGGGACAAGUCAACACGUUGUGUUCCUCAAACCAUUCCUGAAUCAUUUUUGCCGUGUGGCAGGACGCAUUAUCCUGCUGAAAGAGGCCACAUCUAUUAGGGAAUACCGUUUCCAUGAAGGAGUGCACUUGGUCUGCAACAAUGUCUAGGUAGGUGGUACGUGUCAAAGUAACAUCCACAUGAAUGGCAGGACCCAAGGUUUCCAAGCAGAGCAUUGACCAAAGCAUCACACUGCCCCCGCCAGCUUGCCUUCUUCCAAUAGUGCAUCUCGAGUGCCAGCUCGAGUUCUGAUGUUCACGUGCCCAUUGUAGGCGCUUUCGGCCGUGGACAAGGGUCAGCAAUUUGCGCUAUAGUAGCUCUUCUGUGGUAUCGGACAACACAGGCUAUCCUUGGCUCCCCACGCACAUCAGUGACCCUUAAGCGCCCAUGACUCUCCUCGCCGGUUCACUGGUUGUCCUUCCUUAGACCACUUUUGGUAGGUACUAACCACUGCAGACCGGGGAACACCCGACCAGACCUGUAGUUUUGGAGAUGCUCUGGCCCGGUCAUCUAGCCAUCACAAUUUGACCCUUGUCACAGUCGCUCAGAUCCUUACCCUCACCCAUUUUGCCUGCUUCAAACACAUCGACUUUGAGAACUAAAUGUGCACUUGCUGCCUGUUAUAGCCCACCCACUGACAGGUGCCAUUGUAACUAGCUAAUCAAUGUUAUUCACUUCACCUGUCAGUGGUCACAAUGUUAUGGCUGAUCAGUGUACGUGACAUUUGAGCAGAGUAUAAGGAUUUAGACCACUACUUCAUCUCAUCAGCCAAAAUGAUUGGUGUCAUUUUUCUCCAUUACAGAAAUCAACAAUCUUCUUGUGUGAAAUCCUUUGAAAAUCAAGAUGCUUUGCUUCCUGGCACAGGACAUGCAGCACUCUGUAUUUUGACUGAAAAAUGUUUAUAGCUGUCAACACAGUUCACUGUUGUCCUCUUAUCUAUUGCUUUUUUUCAUCACCAGCACAAUAAGUGUCCUUUAUAGAGGUACUGUAAAAUACCUGUCUGAGCGUUGUCAUGUGUCUUGUUGGGCUCAGCUGAAACUUGAAGACAAUGGACCCUGUGCGAAUCAUAAGGCCUCAGGUGAGAUCAGCGCAGCUUUCUGAUGGUAGACUGCAACCUUCAUGAAGCCAUCCUUUACGAAGCUUGCUUUCUUGCUGCAAAAACUAGCUCUUAUUUUAGUGCCAAAGCAGCAAAAUUGAAUUGACUCUUCUGUUGCUGGUGUUUCCUUCAACAAACACAUUUCACUGAAUGUUCUGAUGUGACUGAAUAUUUUGGGUAAAGGCCAACCAGACCAGGACAUUUCAAAAUAAUAAUAAUAAUAAUAAUAACAUAUCUUUUCAUAGUUAGUUGUGGAAGAUGAAAUGCCAAAUAAUGAAAGGACAGUUGGGAUCAGCUGGGUUCUUUGUCUCAUUGUCUAACACAGGGAGUUUAAAAAGCUUCAAGGAACAUCACAUAAUGAGCUGGAAAAUACAGACGGCUCUCAUCAGACCUACAGUAGUAGGUAGUUUCAGGGAGGACUAAGAAAACUAACAUCUUUACAUUUGAGAAGUUGGUACCAGUGAACAUUUAUGGUAUGCUUAUUAUUAUAUAAACAAAUCAAUUAACAACUUUCAAAAUGGUUGCAAUUAAUUUCCAUUCAAUGAAUAGUUUCAGUCCUGCAGGGUGUUUCCACAAGGCACAUUGAAAAUUACUAUAGGUAAGGAAAUGUUCUUGCACUUACAUGAACUGCUUUAUGUUAUGUUGGCAUUCAUCCUUUAAAGCAAUAUGUGGUGUUAGCAUGAGGUUAGUAACAAUGUAACACACCCAUACUGUGUCUGAAUCAGAAGUGUCCAUUUAUUGUGCAGUGCUGAUGAUGUUUCUGAGUCUUGUUUUUAACCAUCUGAAAAAUUUGGACUGGAACAUUUUCUAAUGUACAGAUGUUACUGAUUUUGAGUAACUGUUUUUGUGUAAGGAUGUAAAACUUUGAAGCCAUUUUCUUGGUUCCUACAACCUUUACAGUUACUCCUUAAAAACUCAAAUCAUGUUACAAGUGCCUCUACACCUGACACGAUACAAGUGACUGUUAUUUUUUGGACAUGUAGAAAAUCUGAGGUGCAGGAGCUGUGUUUGUCUUUACCAGGAACUUGUUUAUGUUUCUGUACUGGCAGCAUUGUUGUCUGUUAGCAUGUAGACAAUCUUCAGCUGUCAUCCACUGCACUCGCUUAGUGUACAUAAUCUGACAAAUGCCUUGCAAAGAAAAGCUCAGUUCAAACUGUUAUGAGAUCUCCGCUAGGGGACUGAUGGCUCAAAUGGAUACACUGAAACUCUAAAGGUGGAGCAGUAAAAAUGUCAAUGUCUGUAUUGUAGUGAUUCUUGUUUAAGGCUAUGUGUUUCCAGUCUGUUCAUAUACAUACUGCUUAAUUUGUCAUUGCUGUACAAUCACAGGUCACAUAAAAGCAAUUUCUGAUUAAUUAUCCGUUUACAACAUUCAUCUCGUAGUUUCUUGUCAUAUGGUAUGAAGUCAUUUAGUUUUCUUUCUGUAUUCCUUUUCUGACAAAAUCCAAAAUAACCAAUUGUUUGUUAUAUAAUAUAAAUGAGUUAAGUUGGGAUUAACUUAAUUCUUUUGUUAAAUAAAUUAAUGCAGAGACUG